AUGUGGUGCGAUAAUUGCUUGUUGUUGUUUCCGUUAAGAAGCGGUGCCAUGGUCCUGAGUGUUAUUAUGAUGAUAUACCAAAUAGGCGGCGGUAUAUUUUUGUUUCUAUACGGAGACUUUUUCUUCUUCCACUACAUGGAGCCAAAAAUAUAUGGCGCAUAUGCCAUGAUACAGGCAUUUAUGUCACUCAUAGCCACGAUCGGUUUCUCAAUCAUAUCAUUCACAAUCGCCAGCUCCCUCGUUUGUUUUUACCCGUUCCUGGUAAUAUUGGGAGCCGUUCGGGCUGGAAUUAUGUCUUGGUCAUUGGUAUACUAUAAGGAGAGAAUCAUAUGGGAAUGUGAUAAUGGCGGUACGAAAUGGGUGGAUCCUUCAACCAUUACGACCACCACCGACACCACCAGUGACCCUACCCUGAUGCCUCCCGUUGUUUGCAGAACUGGUGUGGAUAAUUUCAACGCGUUAAUUACAACCGGUCUUUGCAUUGACUUUAUCUUGAUG